AAAAAGUUCAUACUUUUAGUAAAUCAAUCGUAGUUCUUGGGUAAAAGUACACUUUAGUAAAUCAAUCUUAUUUAUAGCCAUUUAGUUCUUAUAAAAGAUGCAGUCAUAUAACAAUUUAAUCAUUGUAUAUCAAUCUUAUUCCUAACCUUGUUAAAUUAGUAGUAGGAUUUAAUAAAUUUAUUGUAUAAAUAAAUGAUAAACUAACUGUACACUCUGAUUUGAACACGUCGAAAUCACUCAUAGUUCUUGUAUAAAUUCAUGAAUCCAUAUUGGAUAUAAGAAAACGAAACAGUUGAAUUUGGCUCCAGAAUGCAGUAUUUCAAACCAGUAGGCGAAUUAGCGGGCAAUUAGAAAAUGGGAUCGGCAGUGGCGCCAUGGAAGUCCCUUCUUCUCCGUGCUUUGGAAUCUAAUGGCCAAAUCAAGCAUUCCAAAUUCUUGCAGCUCGCAACGAUAGGAACUAAUGGAAGGCCCUCAAAUCGAACAGUUGUUUUCAGAGAAUUUGAAGAAGGCACCGACAGGAUCCAUAUUUACACAGAUUCUAGAAGUCGCAAGAUUGAAGAGCUUAAGAAUUGUCCAUUUGCUGAGAUUUGUUGGUAUUUCACCGAUACAUGGGAGCAAUUUCGUAUCAGUGGGAGAAUGGAGGUUGUCGAUGCAUCAUGUCUUGAUGCUACAAAGUUCAAGCAAAGGGCAGAAGCCUGGUCCUCCAUUUCUCCCAAGUCAAGAAUGCAGUAUUUGGGACCUAGUCCAGGUCUUCCUCACCUUGCUGAACAACCAGCCAAGGAACCUUUUCUAGAUUCUUAUUCGGGUCCUGUUGAUGCAUUUUGUUUGCUGGUCUUCGAUCCUGAUCAGGUUGAUUAUCUGAAUCUGAAGAGUGAAGAAAGGAAUUUGUUUAGAGCUAUUCCAAGUUUUGGAGGGGAGAAAUUAUGGGAAACGGAGAGGAUAAAUCCUUAGCACUUGCACCCGGAUCUGCACAUAUAUAUCCUGAUAACAAGCUGCUAUCAUCAAAUCAACUGAUGCAAGUUGAAGUUGCUUAUAUGUGUUCACAAAGAUCAGAACCCCUUUGGUUUGUUAGUACUGAUGUUAUUGAUUGAUAUCAGUUUCUUGUGCCACAUUGUUAGCUUUGAACACGUUGUUCAUUAAUCAUUCCCGUGAGAUUUGGUAGCUUUAUUCA